AUGGAGAAGGCCGCCCAUAAAAGCAAAAAAGGCAAAAACGUUGGCUUCAAUGUCAAGUCAUCCAUACACAACUUGAGCAAAACUCAGCAGACCAAACUCACUGUGGGCAAUCUGGGCUUAGGCCUGAUCAUCAUCCAGAAUGGGCCCUACCUCCAGAUCACCCACCUCAUCAGGACGGGGGCUGCAGCCACGGAUGGAAAACUCCAGCCAGGUGAUGUUCUGAUUAGUGUUGGCCAUGCCAAUGUGUUAGGAUAUACUCUUCGAGAAUUUUUAAAACUUUUGCAACACAUCACCAUAGGAACAGUGCUACAAAUCAAGAUUUACCGAGAUUUUAUUGACAUACCCCAAGAAUGGCAAGAAAUACAUGAUUUAAUCCCUGAGACCAAAUUCCCGGUAACACGCACAACAAAGAAAACUGAGCAGGCAAAAGACCCUUUGGCAAGCAGUGAUGACAGUGAAGAUGUAGUUUCAGAUAAAAAACUUAAGUAUUAUAAAUAUUCAAGGUCCAGUGGGCAUCACUCUGCAAGGAGACCAAUGUCUAUUUCCAGAGAAUGGCAUGGCUACAAAAAGAAGAACCGUACUAUUAGUGUAGGAAAAGGCAUUAAUGCUGAUGUGGUGAUUCACAAAGAUCCCAAGAGAGAAGUGAGGCCCCCUUCUCCAUACUGGACAAUGGUGAAGCGAGACAACCAAAGCUCUUCCUCAUCCACAGCCUCCUCUACCUCAGAUGCAUUUUGGCUAGAAGACUUUGCCCAAGUUGAAAAGGGCAGGGGUCAACCUGUAUCAAAAGUUGCUUAG